AUGUUGUCGCUGCCAACCUUGCGUGCGGGCAUCUUGGCCAGAAGAGGGAUCCUGGGUGUGGCGAGUGUCCGAGCAGCCCAUGGACACGGAGGAGACGUGAUUGCUGCAGAAGAUUUCUCAGUGCCCAGGUAUUACGACAAGCGCACCUACCCCCUUCCCGAUGUCCCCUAUCGCAAGGAGCUGGAUGCCUCCCAGAAGAGCCUGAAGGAGAAGGAAAAGGGAUCCUGGAAGGAGCUGAGCGAUGAGGAGAAGGUGGCCUUGUACCGGCUGAAGUUCCACCAGAGUUUUGCAGAGAUUAACAAGCCAUCCAAUGAAUGGAAGACCGUGGUGGGAGCCGCCUUCAUGUUUUUCGGCAUCACGGGACUAAUUGUCUGGUGGCAGCGAAUCUUUGUGUUCCCCCCAAAGCCGCACACCCUAGAGGAAGAGUGGAAGGCCAAGCAGCUGAAAAGGAUGCUGGAUAUGCAUGUCAACCCGGUGCAGGGACUGUCAUCCAAGUGGGAUUACGACAAGAACGAGUGGAAGAAGUGAACGGCGGGCCCUCUCC